AUGGGACAAGCAUUUAGCUUAUCCAGUAAAGCUAUUUUGGAGAAGGCCCUUUACACUUAUGUGUCGUCUGCUGUACUUCGCAAGGACAUUCUCAAUCUUUUGGAUUUCAUAGAGAGAUUAAAGAAUGGACGAGUUCAAAUUUCUCUUGACAUGGAUGAACUUGAAAAGCUUGCAUUGGAGCUGACAUUUGUGUCAGCAUGUUUACGGAUUUAUUAUGAGGUUCGUGAUCUGGUUCAGUCACUUUUUCAUCAGAGUGGAGAUGACAUGCUGGUUAAAUUAAAGGAUCAUGUCGUUCCUCGCCUUCUGGAAAAUAUCAAAAGUUCUAAAAGCUCACGUGAUUAUUCUGAAUCAAGUGACACCAUGACUGAGGAUCAGUUGGUUGAACUUUUUGAUGCCCUCCUUGAAGAUCUCAAACAUGUUUAUAUGAAAGCCCCAGACAUCUUCCCCAUGAGUGAUGGACUAAUCUUCAUGACUCUUCUACUCAAAAACUUAAAUGAUUUGCUCAAUUCCAAUGCUUAUUCAGUUGCUUUGAUAAAGGAAGAAAUUGGGCUAGUGAAAAAAGAUCUAGAGUUCAUCAUAUCAUUCUUCGGGAAUGUUGAGCAAGUUUUGCAUACAGAUCUUUGGAUUCGUGUUCUAGAUGUGGCAUAUGAGGCAGAACAUGCCAUUAACUCAAUUCCUGUCAGAGAUCAUGGUCUCUUGCAACUUAUCUUCUUACUUUCUGAUACCGUAAAAAAGAUCAAGCUUAUCAAAGAAGAAGUACCACAGAAGAUCCCCAAGAACAUGGACCUUCUUGUUGUGAACUCUCCCAGCAAGCAAUAUGAAAUUAGCAAGUCAUCAACAGUUGGGCUUGGAAAAACUACUUUGGCUUACAAAGUAUAUAAUGACAAGACUAUUGUUGAUCAUUUUGACGUUUGUGCUUGGUGCACAGACGACCAAGAACGUAACGUGAAAAAGUUGUUACAAAUUUAUUUUAAUCAAGUUAUUGGUUUGAAAGAAAGAUCCAAUGAUGAUGGCAUAGAUGAUAACAUUGCUGAUAAGCAACGGAAACAGCUGUUUGUAAAGAGGUACCUUAUUGUCUUGGAUGACAUGUGGGAUACUGCAACAUGGUAUGAGCUAACAAUGACUUUUCCUGAUAAUAAGAAAGGAAGCAGAGUUAUUUUAGCAAGUCGAAUACAGGAAGUGGCUUUUCAAAGUAAACGCCACAGUGAUCCUCUUUAUCUUCGAUUGCUCAGACUAGAAGAAAGUUGGGAGUUAUUAGAGAAAAGGAUAUUCGGAGAAGAAAGUUGCCCUGAUGAACUAUUGGAAGUUGGAGAAGAAAUAGCCAGAAAGUGUGAAGGGCUUCCUUUGGUACUUGAUCUGAUCAGUGGAGUCAUUGUAAGGAAGGAUGAAAAGGGAGUGAUGAAGGUUAUACAGUUAAGUUAUGACCAUUUAUCAGAUCACUUAAAGCCGUACUUGCUUUAUCUUGCAAGCUAUGGAAAGGACCAAAGUAUUGAAAUCUCUACAUUGAAAUAUCUAUGGAGUUCAGAAGGACAUGUGGAACCAACUGAAAUGAAGAGUGUCGAAGAAGUACUGGAGGUUUAUGUGGAUGAGUUAAUUUCCACUGGAAAGGAGAAGUUGUUUGACUUUGUAAGUUCAAAUGCUCUGUCGUCUUCUUCGUCAGAUCUGAUUCCACGUAAAGUGACCACUCGUGUCGAUGAAAAUGUUGUCCUGUUCUCCACAUAG